CAUUUUACAAAGUGAGUCUGGUUUUCUGUCGUCUGUGACUCCAUUAUCAAUUCCGUCUGAUUGAUUAGUCAUAGAGUCGACGUCGUUGCACUUUGCUGUCGAUCAAAACAUUGGGAUAAUUAUAAGUGAACAAGAAGACCUAAAAUAAGAUGCAUUCGCUGGUAGUGCAAGUUCGAAUCUUUCUUCAGAUGCAGUGAGGUGCCAGGCGUACGCGUUCGCUGUGAUGCCUGACAAAAACGAUGAAGGAUAAAAUGCCACCAUUCCGCAGAAAAAAAUCCGGAAAAUCUUUCCCUGUGAAAGUUUGUACUUUAGACGCGGAGCUAGAGUUCAAUUUGGAGUGGAGAGCUACUGGAAGGGAUCUCUUUGAUCUGGUAUGCCGUACAAUUGGGCUUCGAGAAACUUGGUACUUUGGACUUCAAUACGAAGAUGCAAAAGGAUUCAUCUCAUGGCUGAAACUUGAUAAGAAAGUUCAAGAUCAGAGCAUUUCCUUACAACCAACGACACCGUUCAUGUUCCUGGCCAAGUUUUAUCCAGAAGAUGUUGCAGAAGAAUUGGUUCAAGAAGUUACACAACAUUUGUUUUUUCUCCAAGUAAAACAAGCUAUUCUUUCAAUGGACAUUUACUGUCCUCCGGAAGCUUCUGUUUUGCUUGCAUCAUAUGCAGUUCAAGCAAAGUAUGGUGACUACGACGAGGUUUCUUACCGUCCAGGCAUGCUAGCUAGUGAAGAUCUGCUACCACAAAGAGUUAUAGACCAGUAUCAAAUGACGCCAGAAAUGUGGGAAGAUCGAAUAAAAAUCUGGUACGCCGAUCAUCGCGGAAUGUCGCGUGAUGAAGCUGAGAUGGAGUAUCUUAAAAUUGCUCAAGAUCUCGACAUGUACGGUGUCAAUUAUUUUCCCAUCAGCAACAAGAAGGAGACAGAUCUAUGGCUCGGAGUGACAGCACUCGGAUUGAACAUAUACGAGAAGGAGAAUAAGUUGGCGCCAAAAACGACAUUUACGUGGUCCGAAAUUCGUCAUAUAAGCUUCGACGAUAAGAAGUUUGUGAUAAAACCGGUGGAGAAGUCCUCACCAAACUUCGUCUUCUUCUCGCAAAAAGUUCGGAUGAACAAGCUGGUAAAGAAACAAUCAGAUGUUGGCUCCUGGGUGAAGGGAUUGGUAGCAUUAGGGUUGGACGAGCGUAACAGUGAGAAAUCUGCACGCGUAUUAUUUGUUAAGAUCCUGGACCUGUGUAUUGGAAACCACGAUCUGUUCAUGCGGCGACGUAAGCCAGACUCUAUGGAGGUGCAGCAAAUGAAAGCGCAGGCCAAGGAAGAAAAGUCUAGAAGGCAGAUUGAAAGAAAUAAACUAGCACGGGAGAAGCAAUUGCGAGAAGCGGCAGAAAGAGAAAAGGCCGCAAUGGAACAGCGAUUGUUACAAUAUCAAGAGGAGAUUCGACUGGCAAACGAAGCUCUUAGGAGAUCUGAGGAGACUGCAGAUCUUCUAGCAGAGAAAAGUCGCGUUGCCGAGGAAGAGGCAAUGCUCUUGAGUCAGAAAGCUUCCGAGGCCGAACAAGAAAUCACCCGGAUCAGGUUGAACAACAUGAAAACGGAAGAGGAGAAGGUUCACUUGGAGCGGAAAACAAGAGAGGCCGAACUACUCACCGAGAGACUAGUCCAAGAAUCAGAACGAAGAGCCGCCGAGGCUGAGAAGUUGAAAGAUGAAUUGCUUCGGGCUCGAAUUGCAGAGAAAGAAGCCAAGGAGAAGCUACUUGAAUUCUUAAGCAGAAACGCUUACAGUGCUGCCAUAACCCCCGUACCGAAUUUAUUCCCUUCGACGCAAGUACUUCCUUCGGAGUUACAAGCCGACCUGCAGACUCUACAUCUGGAUGCCGAACCACUGCCUAACGAUCUGACGUCGUACGACCUCAUUGCCGAUGGGGACGUCGAUCAGCUGUCGCUAGAGAUCGAAAAGGAAAGGGUUGACUAUUGGGAGAAGAGCAAACACCUUCAGGAACAGCUACGAGAAUUACGAUCUGAGAUAGAAGUGAUGAAAGUCGGAGAGAAGCAAUGUGAGCUUGAUCAGCUCCACGAGGAACAGGUGCGACUUGGUGAGAACAAGUACAGUACACUUAAGAAAGUCAAGUCUGGUUCGACAAAAGCCAGAGUCGCCUUCUUUGAGGAACUUUGA